AUGGCUUCUCCCUGCAAGAAACUCUUUAGAGUCGCGCUCGUUGCGUGCUUUGUUGCAUUUGCCAUCGCGCAAUCUGUACCUGAGCAAGGCGCCGAACCCUCGGCCGAGUACUUACCACCAGUCGGCGAUGAAUCUGCUCCUCUUACCGAAAAUGGCUAUCGUUAUAAAGCUGUGCGUCGCCUGAAGUACCGCCAUCGUCGUGAGGUACCAUCCGAGGAAUAUCUGCCCCCAGUAGUGGAGCCUUCCGCUGAUUAUAUACCACCAGAGGGCGCUGAAACUCGUGUUGCCGACGAUGGUUACCGCUACAAGACUGUGCGUCGUCUGAAAGUUCACCGAAAACGUCGUGAGGCUCCUUCUGUUGAAUAUUUGCCUCCAGUGACGGAGCCUUCUCCUGAAUACAUACCACCAGAGAGUGCUGAAACUCGUGUUGCCGAUGAUGGUUAUCGUUACAAGACUGUACGCCGUCUUCGUUUCCGUGCUCGUCAUCGUCGUGAUGUCUCUGAAUUGCCUUCAUUGCCAUCUGGCGAAUAUUUGCCUCCAGUUGAUGUUGAAUUGGCUCCAGAACUGAAAACCGUUUUGGGCGAUGAAGGUUACCGUUACAAGACUGUGAGACGCCUAAAGUUCCGUCGUCAUCGUCGUGAGACGGAGGCUGCUGAUGAAGUUGACGCCCCUAACGGUGAAUACCUGCCACCAAGUAACGAUGUUGCUGAAGAGCCUGAGCCGAAAAGCGCUGAAUUGGCUCAAGACGGCUACCGUUAUAAGACCGUACGUCGCUUGAAAUACCGUUAUCAGUUAGGUGCCCGCAGUCGAGCUCAGGAGAGCAGCAAUUGCAAGGAGCAACAGCUAAAACUCCUUACCGUCGCACUGGCUUUGUGCCUUGUUUCCUUGACAAUCGCUCAAUCCAAUCCUGCCGAGAGUGCCGAACCAGCCGUCGACUACUUACCGCCAGUCGAUGAAAAUUCUGCGCCUGUUGCUGAAGAUGGCUAUCGUUACAAAGCCGUGCGUCGUCUGAAGUACCGUCACCGUCGUGACGUACCGUCAGAAGAAUAUUUGCCUCCAGUGACGGAGCCUUCACCUGAAUAUCUGCCACCAGAGGGUGCUGAAACUCGUGUUGCCGAUGAUGGUUAUCGUUACAAGACUGUACGCCGUCUUCGUUUCCGUGCUCGUCAUCGUCGUGAUGUCUCUGAAUUGCCUUCAUUGCCAUCUGGCGAAUAUUUGCCUCCAGUUGAUGUUGAAUUGGCUCCAGAAUUGAAAACCGUUUUGGGCGAUGAAGGUUACCGUUACAAGACUGUGAGACGCCUAAAGUUCCGUCGCCAUCGUCGUGAAGCGGAAGCGGCUGAAGAGGCUGCUGUCGUUGAUAUUCCCAACAAUGAAUACCUGCCACCAAGUAACGAUGUUGCUGAGGAACCAGAGCCGAAAAGCGCAGAAUUGGCACAAGAUGGUUAUCGUUAUAAGACCGUACGUAGCUUCAGAUAUCGUCAUCGUCAGUAGAUCGAACCCGGAUUUUCAAUGUAAAUAACCGCAAUUAGAUAAAUGAACAAUGAAUUUGA